AGGGAGCCAUAGCCCACAGAACGCCGCUCCUGCGUGUUGAUAUCACAGCGUCUGCUUGGUGCGUGUGUCCCUCUCCUUCUGUGCCACGACUCGUCCCUGCCUGGUCCAUCUUUGGGAGGGAGCUCCGGCAGCACACCGACGCUUUGGACAAGCCGAUAACAGAGCAGAGGUCCUCAUGCUCGGCUUGCUUCGUUGGCUCGUCUGCCUGCACGCCCUCGAUGCUUUAAAAGGGUGAAAGAAGGAUCUCGCGAGAGCUGCGUCGCGGACUGUGACGAGCCGAGGCUUUGCGGUCGAGGGAGAGAGAAGGCAGGCGAGCAGGCAGGCAGGCAGGCAGGCAGGCAGCAUCAUGGCGGACAGAGACAGUGGAAGUGAGCAGGGAGUAGCAGCCCCGGGCCCGGGCUUCGGUUCCAUGCACGCCACAGCAGGAGGGGCUGGCUCGGCUUCCGGCCUCCAGCACGAGACCCAGGAGCUGGCGUCCAAGCGGGUUGACAUCCAAAACAAACGCUUCUACUUGGACGUCAAGCAGAACGCCAAAGGCCGCUUUUUGAAGAUCGCCGAAGUCGGGGCCGGUGGCAACAAGAGCCGCCUCACGCUGUCCAUGUCGGUGGCGGUCGAGUUCCGCGACUACUUGGGGGACUUCAUCGAACACUACGCCCAGUUGGGUCCCAGCAACCCGGGCAUGGUGCAGGAUGAGCCGCGGCGGGCCCUGAAAAGCGAGUUCCUAGUGCGGGAGAAUCGGAAGUACUACAUGGACCUGAAAGAGAACCAGCGGGGACGGUUCUUGAGGAUCCGGCAGACCGUGAACAGGGGGCCCGGCUUGGGGUCCACGCAGGGCCAGACCAUCGCGCUCCCGGCGCAGGGACUUAUCGAGUUCCGCGACGCUUUGGCCAAACUUAUUGACGAUUACGGCGUGGACGAGGAGCCCGCGGAGCUGCCGGAGGGCUCGUCGUUGACUGUGGACAACAAGCGCUUCUUCUUCGACGUGGGCUCCAACAAGUACGGCGUGUUCAUGCGGGUGAGCGAGGUCAAGCCCACCUACCGCAACUCCAUCACGGUGCCCUACAAAGUUUGGGCCAAAUUCGGGAGUACAUUCUGCAAGUACGCCGACGAGAUGAAGACGAUCCAGGAGAGGCAGCGGGAGAAGCGAGCGUGCGAGCUGCAGCAGCAGCAGCUGCAAGAGGAGGUGCAGGCGGAUGAUGUUGACGAGGAUUGAUGUCCAAGUCGUGAGAAUAACCAGAAAAUAUCUACUGUAUAAAAGAAAUCUAACUAUUAACGGUUUAACUCCAAGGGAGCAUCACCCACAAUUUAAGAAACCUCCACAAGCUGACAGUUCUGACAUGUUGUCACUCAUCGCUGGAUGUUACCCCCACUUAUCCGCCAUUAAUACAGUAACUGGCUGCUAAAACAAAGUAAUAACAUAUUUGAACAUUGUUUUCCUACUUGACAAUGUUGAACUGAGUGUUUAUUUCCCUUAUUAUUAACAAGAGAUACAACUUUUUCUACCAGUUAAAAGCUAAAAACAAAAGUGUUUGCAACGUCCGACUGGAUUUGCGGACAUCUAAAGUAAGCGUUUCCCUUUUCCUGUAAGCUAACUUCAGCACAAAUCAGAUUAUUUUUUUUUAAACCAAAAUUCAGAAAGUUUAUAAAAAAAAAAGAAAAAAGGUUGUCACAUGUUCUAGCCAUCUUAUUUACCUUUACCUGUGACUAGAAGUGUGUUUACACAUCAAUUAAAAUGAGGGCUAGGUCUGAUUUGGAAACUGUCUAGAAACCAUCCAGUUAAAAAAAAAAUAGGAACAAGUGCUCUCUUAAUGUCUUGCAAUAUGCAUCGCAUACAAAUCAAUAUAGACCUGGUCAGUGGUUCAUGACGUGUUGACAUUUGCCAGAGGCAUUCAAAGACAUUGUAAAUCUUGUUUCAGUGGAAAUUGUUGCCAUGCAAAUGGAUAUAUAAUGGACUACCUUCGUGUGUCGUCGUUAAUGCAAUGUGUUGAGUUUAAAAGGUACUAAAAAAAAAAGAGCAUUGAAAUGAAAUGACAACAUGUAGCAUACGCCACCAAAAAGCAGAUCGGCUAGAAUUGAAAUGUCUGAACGGUGCCAAUGAAGGCGUGGUGUUGCUGCAUGAUUGUCCGCACUUAAAAAGUUCCGAUUUCGUUGGCCUCCCAAAAUAUUGGCUCAAGGACCGUUCCAUAUUAGUAUCUGCCUGUAUUGCACGACGCUCAGCUGUGACUCCUGAGCAAUGUCCACCCAAAGGCUUUGCUGGCGUUGGAAGUGUCAGGAAGGAGACUUCUUCUGCCCGCUAUUUGUUGGGAGGGCUGGGUGGGGGUGUGUGACUCGAUUGUGUUUUUGUAAAUAUUUGGGCUGCCACACGGAAAAGCAACUGGCUGUGGCCAAGUUCUGUCGCAUCUCAUAGAUGUGUGAUAGCAGUUUUUUAAACUCUUGCCAGUCGAGUUGAGAGAAGCUGGCAACAAUCAGAUCAAUUUACCUCAGCAUUGAGUUCGAUGUUUGCUUCCAUUCUGACUGGAAACCAGCAAACUUUGUCCUUGACCACCUAUUAUUGGAGCCUACAUGGUAUAGAAAGCUUACUGGGAGCGUCCUCUUCAGCAUAUAAAACAACCCGGUGCCUUACACACUCCGCAUGCUUACACGCUGGCCUGGUGCUUUGGAUCGCAAACUUUUGACUUCUUUUCAACUCUUCCAUUUUUGUUCGUGUCGUCCCGGCCCCCGACUCGUGGUGCUAAAAAAUUAAAAGGGUUUCUCCUUCAUUAUUCCCCAUUAUAAUCCCGCAGCCAUCCAGGUAUCGGCCUACAUGUAAACAUGGAAAGGGAGGGAAGGUCACCUGGAUGCCAUGAUGCAGAGGAGUUAGCACCAAGCACAUUAAACAGCAGGAGUGGCCUGAACUUAUUGCAAAUAGUUGUUGACAAGUCUCCAUCGCCGCCCCUACCCCAUCUCUUGUCGCUCAAUUACAGAGUAGCAAGCAUUUUUAUUUUUUAUUUUUUUACCUUCUCAGCAUUAUUCCACUUUAAACUAUUGGAAUGUUUUCGCCCACAAAAAAUAUAUCUAUUUUUUAUGUGCAACAUUUCAUGACUUGUGUGCAAUAUCCGUAUGUGCCAACGGUGGCAAUGUAUGUAUAUCAAUUAAAAUAUAUGAUUACUAUUUCAAAGCAUGUGACUGAAUCCAUGUUUAUUUGCACUUAAGAAAAAAAAAUGAAGGAACACGGAAGGUGAUAUAGAUAGCAGCCGCUGCGGGUCAAGUUCACAUGCAUAACUUGAAACAGAACAAUGAAGGUGCAUCGAAAAUACUUUUGGUGAAGAAUCUCCCUUUUAGCUUUAAGCUAAGAAAAGGUGCUUGAGUCUAGUCUCCAUUUAAGUUGUUUGGUGAACUGUCUUCAGUGGUUGUUGUGUGUACAUGUAGCACUUUGCUUUCCCAUGCAGGUUCUAAAACACCUGACCCAAUACUUUUGUUAAGACUAUCUCAAGAAUGUCAUCGUUUCCUCUCCUUUGUUUAAAAGAGGACAUUUCAUCUUUUUGUUUUCUUACAUGGGAUGUAACUUAUGUAUAUUAUGACAAAUUUGGAGUUUAAUUUUGCCCUAUAGAGUAGCUAUAUUCACAAUGUUUUUUUUUUCUUCCAAUGUUUAAAGAAAAAAAACCAAAAUGUCGACUAUAUUAAGAUGAAAAAGUAUGUUUGAUUUUGAUGUAGUGUUUUUAUUUCCCACAGUCUUGACAUUCGCAUUGAUACUAAUGACUAAAGCUUAAUUUUACAGCCUAAAAAAAAAAAGAAUGCAAAAUUGAAACACCUGAAAAAUAGCUGCGUCUUCAAGACAAUUCUUCAUUCCAGUACUGUAUGUGUCAUAACAGGCUGUAAAAUAAAGCAUUACUUUCAUCAUGA